AUUAUAAUGGCUGUCAAGAGUUAAAAUUGUUCACGUUUUUUUGUCAAUCUAACAAAAAUAAAGGAUUACUGCUCGACAGACUUUGAUUUAAAGUCUUUAUACUCGUGGAAAUACCCCUUAGUGAAGUUUUAACUUACGGAACUAAAUUUGGAUAAGGACUGUGAACAAUUUUAACAACUUUCCCACCGGUUCGGCACUCUAUCAGUCUAUCUAUGUGAAUCGUGAUUCGUGCUGAGUGAGUGAAUUCAUUCAUUAACAAAUCUCGUAAACGAAAACUCUUCUCAAAACAAUUACAGAAAACCGUUACGUUUAUCAGUGUUUGACAAUACAAUCAGAAGUCAACUAGCCAAGUGUAGCCCUAGAUAUUUAUAACCAUGACAGAAGUGGAAACCGCGAUAGUACGGCCACCCGAGCCUGUAACAAUAUCGAUUGUGAGUGCUAGAAAUUUACGAGGUCAAAAAGGAGAUGCCGUCAGUGUUGUUAUUAAAGCUGAGUUUGGAGAAAAGGUUUUAGGGGAAUCACCUAAAAUAGACAGCUCAGCAGAUGAACCAGCAGAAGUAAAUUUUAAUGCAAUUCUCAACUGCGCCUAUGAUGAUCCUCACGCUUUGGAUGAAAUAGCUUAUAAGCCUGUAGUUUUAACAGUGAUUGAAGUGCUACCAAAAGAAAAACGACAAAAGGAAGAAAAGACUCAUUUAUUGGGACAAUGUACUGUGGAUUUACUCCCCUUAGUUCGAGGCGAGACCAAAGUCAGCUACACCCUACUUGUAAAUGCUGUACCUGGUUCCCCAUUAGAGUCUUUACCAGCCGAAUGCCCCCAACCUGAAAUAGAUGUAAAUAUAUCUGUACAGGAGCCAUUACUGGUUGAUAAACAUCUUAAGAAUGGAAAUCUGAUCAAAAUCACCAUGGAAAAUUUACUUAGCCCACCAGAAACGUGGACACUAUCAGGAACCCAGUACCAUUAUGCUGCUGCUUUACCAAUUCCAGUAACAGAAGACAAAGAAGCUCCAAUUGUUUUUGCAAAUGGUCAGUUAAAGCCUGGUUCAGACAAAGAAUUGCCAAAUAAACAGAAGAAAUGGAGUAAACCUGGCAAUGCUCAAGGAAAUGCUGUUUAUAUUCCUGAUAGUUUUGUGGUGAGUGAGCCAAUAGAAGAUGAAGAUGGCGACCUCAAAGGCAAAGACGACAGAGAAUUUAGACUUAUUGCAGAAACUGAGAAAAACAGGGUCAGCUGGACAACAGAAAGGAGAUGCUUUUUAGAUAGUGCUGCUACGAAACAUCUCCAAGAUGAAAUUGCCAAAAACCGAUUAUGGCCCGUGGAAGUAAUGAGGUUAGCUCAAGCAUCUGGCGGAAAGGGUAAAAAGGAAGAGGAAGGUGGCAUCAAUUUCCACGGUAUUGCAUUUGUGAAUCUGGCACCAUUACUUUAUCCUGGGGUCAAAAAGAUAAGAGGGGCGUACAAAGUUUGGCCAUAUUCUGAUCACAUUCUACAAGAGAAAACUAAACGAAAGGGAGGAAUAUCUGAUGAAGCUUCUAAAAUAGCUAUGAACAUCCUGCAACACAAUUCCACCUCUCCAUCACCUAAAAAGGGUGCAAAAGAACCAGAGAAAAAAGAUGUGAAAAAAGGAACGUCCCAGACAGUAAAAUCGGACACAGGAUCAGAAUUAGAUGGACAACCACCAGUAAAUGCUGAAGGACAGAUGUAUGUUGAGGCCAAAUCUUUUGUUAUGCUAGAAAUUGCCCUAGAUCGACCCCUCAUUCCAAAGCGUCAACCAGAAGAACUAGCUAGAAAAGUUGCUGAAUAUAUUCCUCAACGUCCUCAAUUUCCUAAAAGAACCGACGGUGCCCAGAGAUCUGUAGAAGAUUACCAUGGACAAGUAGCUAGUGUUGCAAACCUCAUUUUAGAUGAAUUUAGAGGGACUUUUGGAAAUGAAGAAACUAGUGGGGAGCUAAAUAGUAACGAAGACAUGGAAACUAAACGGCAAAAGCUAAUUUAUGAAUUGAAUUCUUCAGGGAAAUAUUUUGCCUUUAAAGAACAGUUAAAGCAUUCUGUGGUGAAGAUUGUUCGUGAGAAGUACUUGAAAACAACCAAUUUCGAUGACAGGCAAGAAUUGCAGACCUUUCUGAGUGAGCUGUACGUUUACCUAGUUGAUCAGAUGCACUUGGCACUAGGUGAUACUCUGGAUGUAGGAGACCAGUCCCCAGUACCAGAACCUCUCACAGAUUCCAACCAACUCAAACAUUUUGCAAAGGAAGCAGAAGUGAAUGAAAAUUACGAGUUGGCGUCUAAAUAUUACCAAGAGAGAAUUGCCCGAGAAAAAAACAACGCCGAUAACUGGUAUGAUUAUGGUACCUUUAAUCUUCAUAUCAAUGACAUUACUAAAGCCGAGGAAUGCUUUAAAGAAUGUAUAUCCAUUAACCAGAAGCACUUGUACGGGUUGAUGAUGUACGGCGUCGUUUGUAGCCUUUUGGAUCGUAAAGAAGAGGCAGAAACAUUUUUUGAAGCUGCUACAAAUAUUGAUCCAAAAAGUAUCCGAGCGUGGACGAUGUUAGGAUUAUUUUAUGAUUCUAUUGGAAACGACAUUGGGGCUGAAAUGGCGUACAUGGAAGCGAAUAAACUGAAUCAUUCCGCGGCUGUCGCGGCAGCCAAAGUAGCCAAAACAGAUACGAAAGAAAAAACAAACCUAACGCCACCAGGUUUAGACAACGAACCAAGCAAAGAUUCUGAGGUAUUAGGUGACUGUGGAUUAUCAGUUCCACACAUCGACAUCAAAUCCGCCUCCACACAUGACAGGACAGCUCUUACGUCGGCUAAAUCAUCACAUAGAUCGAUUGACCGACGUGGCUCGUCGACCAAGAAAUCUGACAAAAUCCCUUCUGCAUCUAAUAAAGCGAAGGGUCAAGAACAUACGACGGGGGCCCUUUCAAUUUCACGCCCGGCCAGUCAACAGAAGGCGGCCAGUAUGAUGGGAACCCCCCAGCCCCUCGAUGAUACCAUUGAGGAUAUUCCACCAAGAGAACCAACCCCUUUGCCGACUUGCAGUAUUUAUAUGCAGACAAUAGAGUGGCUUUUAGAAGCUAAAGCAGUUCCGUUUGCCGAAAGGGCUCUAGCACACGAAUUACUGUUACCCGGAAAUGGCCAUGGAGGACCAUCAAUAGAUUAUCAAAUAGCUUUGGCACAAUUAAACUUACAGAAACGCUGUUUUAGUGAAGCAGAAAAAUGUCUUAAGAUAGCUCUAGAAAUGGAACAACAGAAUCCGGAUGGUUGGGCAUUGAUGGGCCAUGUGAAAUAUUUAACAGGAGACACAGAAACCGCUAGAGAGUGCUUUGAACGAACAAUAUCAUUUAUUGGUGAUGCUCUUGAAAUGCAUUCUAUUUAUCUACGCUUGGCAUCUAUCUAUCUUUCUGAACACAAAUAUCAAGAUGCGAAAAAUGUAUUUUUAAUGGCAUGUAGAAAGUCGCCCUCCUGUGUUUCAUGGCUAGGUGUUGGAAUCGCCUGUUACAGAUUAAACGAAUUGUUAGAAGCCGAGGAUGCGCUGUCAGAGGCCAAUAUUUUGAACAACAGCGAUGCAGAAGUGUGGGGUUAUCUUUCUUUGGUUUGUUUAAAAUGUGGUCGACAAUUGGAAGCAGAACAGACUUACAAAUAUGCUUUAAAACUGAACCUACAGGACAAAGCUUUAAUAAAUGAAAUUUACGAAGUUCAACAAGAAGUUGGUUUUGGAAAUCCCCAAUUUUGAAAAAAAAACCAACAAAACUUUUUCAUUCAAAAUUUAAAUAGAGUAC